GACCGUAUGUAUUGUAUUUUUUACGGAUUUCAACAAUAAAACAGGUUUUCUCCUAUCUUUGUCUAUCUCCCAGAUUUUGUGUGUUAGUGCACUGUGAAACACUCGGACUAGAUUAUGUGACAUGAGGUGAGGAUCGCAUAUGCAAGAAUUGGGUUAUUGGGUGCAAGGAUUCAGGUGCUUUCCGUGGCUUGCAGUGAGUUUCUUCCUCAAGGAUGGUCUCAAUGUGGCACCUUCCACUCUCCAGCUUCUUCAGAAUUCCGCCAAUCUUCCCAUGGUUGGUACACCCCUCUACGCUGUUGUUUCAGAUUCUGUCUACAUCUCUGGCCAGCAUCGUGUUCCUUACAUCGCCAUUGGAGAUGUGUAUGAUCCAUUUUCUCCAACUAGGAGCUUGUUCCAGGUUCUGAACACGGUGGAUCAGCUCAUGAACAGCCCCUUCAUCACUCCUCCAACCAGGAGUCUGAGCCAGGUUUUGAACACGGUGGAUCAGCUCAAGAACAACCCUCGUGGAGCUCGAAACGGCUGGGAUGCGCGAGAGACAGAGGAUGCUCUGCUUCUGCGUGUGAACAUGCCUGGGCUGGGAAAAGAGGAUGUGAAGAUUGCUGUGGAGCAGAACACGCUGACCAUCAGGGGUGAAGGUCCAAAGGAAAGUGAGGAGGAGGUUGGUGGUGGUCUUCGCUACACCAGCAGGAUUGACUUGCCGGACAAGCUUUACAAGAUUGAUCAGAUCAAAGCUGAGAUGAAGAAUGGUGUGCUCAAGGUCACUGUGCCUAAGAUGAAGGAAGAGGAGAGGAGUGAUGUGUUCAAUGUCACGGUUGAUUAGAAUAACUUUUGAUGAUAUAUCAAGUGACUUAUAACUUUGUUGAAUGAACUUGCUUUUUGAGGGUAUUUUGUGAAUGGUGUCUGUUCCUCAGUUGUUAACUUUGUUGAAAGUAAUGAAUUAACUUGUUGGUUAAA